CACGGGCCAGUGUCAACUUGACGCGACGGAUCUCUUUCCCAGUCCUCGCUCUGUAGAGCCAAGAAUAGCCGUCGAGCAUGCCAGAGCAGCGUGUCAAUUCCUUCAGUCGACUGGAAAAGUUGGGUGAAGGCACGUAUGCAAGGGUCUUUAAAGGGCGGAACAACCAGACCAAUGAAUUGGUGGCCAUGAAAGAGAUCCAUCUCGAUGCCGAGGAAGGGACCCCGUCCACCGCCAUCCGCGAGAUCUCCCUGAUGAAGGAGCUUAAGCAUGAGAAUAUCUUGGCUCUGUACGAUGUCAUCCACGCGUCAGACCGGCUCAUCCUGGUGUCGGAGUAUAUGGAUAAAGACCUCAAGCGCUACAUGGACGUCCACGGCGGGGCCCUAGUUCUCCCCACCAUCAAGUCUUUUACAUAUCAGAUGCUGCGAGGGAUUGCCUACUGCCACGCGAAUCGCAUCUUGCAUCGAGACCUGAAGCCUCAAAAUCUGCUUAUCAACCGAGAGGGACAUCUGAAGCUGGCGGACUUUGGCCUUGCCCGUGCCUUUGGCAUUCCGGUCAAUACCUUCUCCAGCGAAGUGGUCACUCUAUGGUAUCGCCCGCCGGAUGUGCUCUUGGGGAGCCGCUCAUACAGCACCAGCAUCGAUACCUGGUCCGCGGGAUGCAUCAUCGCCGAGAUGUUUACCGGCCGGCCUCUGUUCCCCGGCACGACCAACGACGAUCAAUUACUCAAGAUCUUUCGCAUCAUGGGAACUCCGUCGGAACAGACAUGGCCAGGGGUCAGUCAGCUGCCCGAAUUCAAGCCCAACUGUCCCGUCUACCCUCCCCAGGAUUUGCGACUCGUGAUUCCUCCGCUGGAUCCUCUCGGGGCUGACCUUCUGGGGCGCCUUCUGCAGAUGCGACCGGAGCUCCGAAUCAGCGCUGCUGAUGCUCUUUGCCAUCCUUGGUUCGACGGCCUUCUUUCGCAGACCGGGCCUUCCGAGAACUCCGCUGGUCAGAUCUAAGUUAAUAUUGCCUGUUUUGAAGCGCACCUUCUUUGAUGCAUAUCGCUUCAACGAAUACGGGUUUCAAGCCAACCUUGAUAGUUAGCCUUUUAUUUGACAAGCUGGUAUCUCUAUAUAUCGGGCUCUAAAACUAGCUAAUGGAGAAGAUUAUGGAAAUAAUCAACUCUCCGUCACAAAUCUAGAAGAUCUGUCAGAUUUAUAAGGAAGAUAAAGCUCGGAGGGACAGGGACGGUUAUAUCACCCCGCUAGGAAGAAAGAAAUCGAUCGAUGGGAAAGUUCAAGAACUAAUAGAAGCUGAAGAACAACGAACCUAGAACCCAACGGGCGAAAGCUAGCUAUUAUGGCAACGGCGAAUAUCAAUAAGGGGCAAAGCAGGU